AUGAAACUGUUUGAGGUGGGCGGUGAUCCCAAGAGCACGCGCUACUUGUUUUUGGGCGACUACGUGGAUCGUGGUUACUUUAGCAUUGAGUGCGUUUUGUACCUAUGGGCCCUCAAGAUUAUCUACCCCAAGUCCAUCUACCUUUUGCGUGGAAACCACGAAUGCCGUCACUUGACAGAGUACUUUACAUUUCUUACGGAGUGCCAAGUCAAGUAUUCAGAAGACGUGUAUGAUGCAUGCAUGGAGAGCUUUGAUGCCCUCCCACUGGCCGCGCUGCUCAAUGGCCAGUUUCUCUGCGUGCAUGGAGGGCUGUCGCCAGAAGUUCAAACAUUGGAUGACAUCAAGGCCAUUGAUCGUUUCCAAGAACCCCCGCCGAGCGGUCCCAUGUGCGUUACCGCACACGAUGAUCCUUCUGCAAACGCCUGA